UCCAAAAACAACAUGAAGAAAUCAGUUCUCUUAGCAGCCUCUGUUUCUGCUGCCGCCACCGCCACCGCCACUGCCACCAUCUCUUCUGUUUCUAAAGUUCGAAUUUCUCUUCGCAAGGUAAAAAAUCAAGACGGUAAUAUGGAGAAAAAUGAUGAAAAUUGUUCAAAGCCGGUGAAAGCAUCAACCUCUUCAGAUAAAUUUGCGCCCAGAUUUGAUGGAUUGAGGUUUAUAGAGACGUUGGUCACUGCUCACAGAUAAGUUUACAGAAGAGG